AAAAAAAUACUUAAAUGAUAUAAUUAAUUAUGUUUACAAUAUUACACAGAGAUGCUAUUUUUUAGUAAUUCUUCCCACUUCUAUGAAGGAAGUUUUUAGGUUUAAUUAAAUUUUUGGUCCCCUACUUUAUAUGCGAGUUUAUUUUGGUCUUUUUAUUUUGUGGGGUUCAAUUUAGUCCCCUAGUUUGUGUAGGAGGUUCAAUUAAGUCCUGUGUGUUAACAACGUUAAAAAAAUUAACGGUAGAGUGAUUUGAUGUGAUACUGUGGCAAUUAAAAAUGACGUGUCAAGUAGGGACAUCAGAUUAUGUGGACAGUAAAGAACGAGAAAUUAAAGGCAGUGGUAAUUGGGUUUUGAAUGAAAUUAGGGUUGGGGUGUUUUGAACGAAAUUAGGGUUCGUGGAAGAAAGAAAUUUAUGUGCGAGGAACAAAUUGGGGAUAAUGGUUGAACAAAUUAGGGUUCGAGGAAGAAGCGAAAAUCAAUCAAUAUAUAACGAUUUGAGGAGGAAGGAUUCACGGUCUCCUUCGGUGUGGCAUAGGUUCGUCGCUCUGUUCGUAGUGGCACGAAAUCGAAAGUAAGUUUUCUGGUCUUUUUAUGGAUUCAAUGUCGCGUUUUACUUAUAUAGUAUUGUCUUUGUGGGCGUUGGUAUUAUUUUUUAUGUGUUAUUCUGUCUGUGUGUGUUUGUAAUGGUGUGUGGGUUGUGGUCCCAUUGGUUUGUGGUGGUCCCGUUUGUUUGUGGUUAGUGGGUUGUGGUCCCUUUUUAACCAUUUUGGGGUAUGGGAUGUAAUAUGUAUUGUAUAUGUGGGCAUUGGUUGUGCGUCGAGUAAUUUGGAAUAUGUAUUUUUAUAGGUUGGGAUGUGUGAUGAUAGAUUUGAGGUGGUGGUCCACCAUGCGGGAUACUUUGAAAGGAAUGAAGUUAGGUAGAGUUAUAGUAAUGGGUUAACGUCCACGUUGGCGUGUGACCCAAAUAGGUGGAGCUAUUUUGAAAUAAUGGGAAUACUUAGGGAAAUGGGUUAUAUAAACAUUAAAGAUCUGUGGUAUAAUGUUAGUAGGUCAGAGGUAUUGGAGAACAAUUUGAAAAUUUUGUCUAAUGACAUGGGUGCAAUGCACAUGGUCAAUUGCUAGAAGGAAUGGGCAUGUUCAUAUGUUUGUUAAUCACUCAAUUUGUGAAGCUGAGGUUGUGGACAAUUUUUUGGAAUACUUCCCUGAAGAGGUGGUUGCAGAAACAGGAACUACAAAUGUUGAAGUCCAGGCUGAGGUGGAUGGUCACAGUGGUUGUAGCGAUGGAGAUCACAUCAAUCAUGUGCAGGAUAAUAAUGUGGUUCAUGAAGUUGAAAUGCAACAGGAUAAAAACGUUUGUGAUAUGGAAUAUGAAUUGGAAGAUGACGUUGAUAGUCACCAUAACGUUAGGGUGGAGCCACAAACUGAAAUGGAUCCAAAAAUUGAAUUUGAGGAAACUGGAGCUAUGUAGUAGGUGUAGGUAAGGAAAUUGAAGCUGAUGCAGUAGGUGAAGGUGAUGAAACUGGAGCUGAUGGAGUAGGUGUAGAUAAGCAAACUAGAGCUGAUGUAGUAGGUGAAGGUGAUGAAACUGGAGCUGAUGGAGUAGGUGUAGAUAAGCAAACUAGAGCUGAUGCAGUAGGUGAAGGUGAUGAAACUGGAGCUGAGGCACAUGAGGCAAUAGGUGGGGAGGAGAGAAAUGAAGAUGAAACUGAUUCUGAUCAUAGCAUGAGUGAGGAAGAUCUGUAUGAUGUAAGUGUCCAUUAUGAGGACAAUUUAUGGGAAGGAAAUGGGGAAGAAGAUAGUGAGGAGGAAGAUUUAGAAUUUGAUGGCAGUGCCCAUGUUGAUAUGCAUGAUAAGGGGUUAUCUGAUGAUGGGUGGGAAUCAAAUGACAUGUACAGCGAUGAUCCAAGUAGUGAUGACUCAUUGGCCAGUCGCAGCCAAUGUAAGUCAAACUUUGGGACCUUUAAAAUGCCCAAAAGCAUGACCCAAUACCAGUGGGAAGUUGGAACAUAUUUUCCAGAUAAAGAGGCAUUUGUAGAGGCAAUAAGGACAUAUGAAGUGCAAUCUGGAAGAAGGCUAAAACUUCAAAAAAAAUGAUAAACGUAGAUGUAGAGUGAUAUGUUUGGGUGGGAAAGGAAAGUGUUCUUGGUUUUCCUAUUAUGCUUAUAUGGCUGAAACAAACAUAUGACAGUUAAGGAGAAUUAAUGACAAGCACAAGUGCAACAGAGAAUUCAAUGUGAAAAUGCUAAAUGCUAAAUGCUAAGUGGUUAAGUAGUAGGUUGGAAAACACAUUAAGAGACAACCCAAGUUUGAGGGCAGUUGAUAUUCGCAAUAAAGUAACUAGGAAGUGGAAUAUUGCUGUGACAAAGUCCAUGGCUCGUAGAGCAAAAAAACUGGUUGUUGAGCAAGUUGAUGGGUCAUUUGUAGAACAAUUUAAUAGAAUAUAUGAUUAUGCACAUGAGAUUCUUCGUCUAAUCCUGGUUCUACAACAAAGGUCAAAGUUGAAGGAAAUGAAGGGGAAAAAUAUUUCAGCAGGUUCUACAUGUGUUUAAAAGCCUGCAAAGAUAGUAUGAUUUCAUGCCGUCCUUUUAUUGGUUUAGAUGGAUGUUUUCUGAAACAUAAAUAUCGGGGUGAAAUCCUUAUUGUUGUUGGAAGGGAUGCCAACGACCAAAUGCUACCGAUUGCGUGUGUUAUCGUUGAAGUGGAAAAUAAGGACACAUGGACAUGGUUUUUGGAGUUGUUAAUUGAUGAUCUUGGGCGACCAGAUAUAUGUGCAGCCUACACAUUCAUGUCAGACCAGCAAAAGGGUUUGUUACCUGCCAUUCAAUCUCUUCAAUCUCUUUUGCCUAGGGCUGACCAAAGGUUCUGCAUGAGACAUUUAUAUGCAAACUUCAAGAAGAAAUUCCCAGGAAAGAAUCUGAAAGCUUUAAUGUGGGAAGCAGCUCAUAGCACAUAUCCACAACAAUGGGAGAAAGUCAUGAAGAGGAUGAAAGAAGUUAACAACGAUGCUUUCAAACAUAUGUUAGGAAUACCCCCUAGGUAUUGGUCAAAGUCAAGGUUCAUCUCCAGACCUUUGUGUGACACACUCGUGAAUAACAUGAGUGAGGCAUUCAACAGUAUAAUUGUACAAGCAAGGAGUAAGCCAAUAAUGUCCAUGAUGGAGGAAAUAUGUCUUUAUAUGAUGUAAAGAUGGGCUGAGAAUAGAUCAAAGGCAAAAUCAUUCAAAAACACAAUAUGUCCAAGAAUCAAGACAAGAUUGGACAACGAAACAAUAAAUUCCACAAAUUGGAUUCCUAGCUGGUCAGCAAAUCAGAUAUUUAAGGUUAGGCACAAAUCAUUUACUGGGAAGAAAUUUGUGGUGAACAUAGACAGCAAACACUGCACAUACAGGAAGUGGAGUCUAACAGGGAUACCUUGCUGUCAUGCAGUGGCUGCAAUUAAGUUUUUGAACUUAAGUGAAGAAGAUUUUGUCCCUCAUUGGUUCAUAAUCUCAACCUAUGAAGAGACCUACAAUUCCAUCAUAUACCCUUGUAACGACAAGCAAAUGUGGAUUCAAACAGAAUUUUUAGAUGUAUUGCCCCCUCCUAAAUGAAUUCUGCCUAGAAGACCCAAAAAGAAAAGAAGACUUGAAGCUUGGGAGAUGAACAAGAAUGGGAAGCAGAUUACAAAACAGGGCAUGACUAAAAAAUGUAGCAUAUGCAAAGAAGUUGGUCAUAAUUGAAAAAGUUGUCCCCAACAACCUGAACUAGCACCACCAACUCAGCCAACACCAUCAAGUCAGUCACCACCACCAACUGAAAUAGCACCACCAACUGAAACAACAGCACAAACUCAGCCACCACAACCAACUAAACCAACACCACCAACUCAGCCAGCACAACCAACACAACCAACUCAGUCAACACCACCAAUUCAGUCAACUCAGGCAACAAAUGUGGGAUUUAGAGAUGCCACCACCACCAACUAUGACUCAACCAAGUCAGUCAUCAUAGCAGCCACUACUAACACCUAUGACUCAACCAACUCAGUCAUCACAGCAGCCACCACAGUCAUCACAGCAGCCACACCCAUGCCACCUUCAGAUUCCUCAUCCAACCAUACCCAAUAGAAAGCAGAAACUGCAGCAUAGGAGAGGACGUGUGUGGAAGCCAUGAGGCUUACUUAUGCUCUUUUUGAUGCUGCACGAUUUAUUUUGGAGCUUUGAUGUAUUAUGCAGCUUUUAGAUUUCUAAGUCAAGAAUGUUUUGUCCACUUUUAAUUUACAUCUUAUACAUUGUAAGUUCAAAAAUCCAAAACAAUAUUGGAUGUCUUUUGUGUUGUAACAGCAAGUACAAUGAU